AAUUUUAGCCGGUAACGAAGAACAAGUUAUAGAGUAACGAGUAUACGAAAAAAAAAUAGAAAUAUCAUAUCCCUGACCCAGCAUCAUAUUGACAUUUUUUUCUGCAACACAGAAGAAAUCCUGUUUCCAGUAUUAAUCACAUCAUCAUCAACCAACGAAUACGUGUAAAAUGCAGUGUGUUUAAGGCAUUUACAAAGCAUGGCUAAUUGGAUCUCCUCCAAGCUCAAGGUUGCUGAAACUCUCCUUCAACAGAUUGAUCAACAAGCUGCUGAAUCACUUGGUAAGGGUGAGAGAAAACAAUCUGAUGGUUUGGAUGUCAUCACCUCACCUAAAUCUAGUGGGACUCUUCCUUUGCGAGAUCAAUUGAAGAAGAAAAGUUUAUCUUAUGGUAAUGAUAGUGAAAACCCUUCUUUGGGGAAAUCGAUUAUUGAUAAUAAAUCAGUUAGUGAUGAUGUUGUUAGGGUUAACAAUAGGAAAAUUAAAUUGGGUAAGGAUGUUGAUUUGAGUAGCAAGUCUUCUGUUAAAGAUAGUGAUUGGACUGAGCUUCUUAAUACCCCCAAACAAUCAAUUUCUAGUAAAGUGAACCGUUCGGCUGUUUAUGGUGUACAGAAAGAUGGGAGAAAAGUGGGGAUGAGUUUGAAGGGGAAUGGUAAAGGUUUGGGGAAAACUGUGAGGAAAGUAGGUUAUGGGAGAGCUGAUAAAGGAAAUGACAUUGUUGGUGACGGUAAAAAGGUGGGAUCUGAGAGGAAGGUUGAUUUAGAAUCAAGCUUGGGUUUGGGAAAAAUGGAAGGCAGUGCUUUUGUGGAGCCGGGACGAGAUAUGAUAGGGAAUGGGGAUGGGUUAUUGGACUCUGGCAAGUCCAUAACUAAGGAUGAUUCGCCUUCUGGUGAGAAUAGUGAGGGCGCGUCUGCUUUGGUGUCUCGUGAUUGGGAAAGAGAUGAUCGUCAUGAUGAAAGAGUUGGUGGUGAGACUUUGGGAGUGAAUGAUCGCAGUGGAGUUGUUGCAAAUAAUGUUCUUGAGGGUUCUAAGAGUGGCUCUCAAUCUUGUAGUGAUCAUGAGACAGAUUCAGAUUCAGGUUCGAGUUCUGACUCUGGUGCUGAACAAGAGCGGGAGGAAAGGAGGCAGAGACGGCGUCAAAUUUUAGCUGCUAAAGCUGCUGCAAAGGCUUUAGACGCUAUAAAGGAACAAGAGAAUGUCGUGGCUCGAUUGGAGGGAGAAAAACAAAGCCUGGAGAAGAUACUUGAAGAGCAGGCAAAUCAAGCUGCACAGGAGGCCUCGAAACUUCAGUCUAUGAUGAUGGAAAUGAUGGAAGCUGCGGAGCUGGAGAAGCAGAAGCAUAAUCAUACCCGAAUGAAAGUCCUUGCGCGACUAGCUAAAUUGGAGACUGCAAAUGCUGAUCUUGCUAAGUCUCUUGCUACAGCGCAAUGGAAUCUUGAAGUACAGGUAAAUCACCUUGCAAAACUUCGGGACCAAGUUGAGUCAAAGGAAGUUGUCCUUGAAGAGAUGAAGAGGAAGAUUUAUGGUGUUCAUCAAACAAGGGCCACUUCAACCAGUCCAAUGACAUCAAAGGGCUUUGAGAUGCAAACAGAAAUGCUGGAGGCUGAAUGUGCAUUCACAACAGAUAAAAUUGACAUACUGAAAGAGAAGGAGAGGAAGCUGGAGGCCAACAUUGACAUGACGCUGAAGGAGAUGGAGAAUUCAACUGAAGUUGAAGUAGAACUUGAGCGAAGGCUUUGUCAGAUGACAGAUCAUCUAAUUCAGAAACAAUCCCAGGUUGAAACACUUUCUUCAGACAAGGCCACUCUUCUCUUUAGAAUGGAGGCCGUAUCAAGGUUACUCAACGAAAACAAAUCUCUAACGAACGAAAGCGACAUUCAUGGAAGCCCCAGUGAAGACAUAGAAGCCGCUACACGGAAGUCCACCAGUCCUAAUCUGUGGCCAAUGUUAGAAGGUAAAAUACAGUCGGGUAGGCAGCACAUAGGCUCAAUGCUGAGGCAGCUUGAUUCGAUAUUUUCAGCAGGCACCUUAUUUUUGGCUCGCAAUCCAACUGCAAAGAUCUGUUCAUUGGUUUAUCUUGUGUCUUUACAUUUAUGGGUUUUGUAUAUUCUUUUCUCUCAUUCAAAAUCUACUGAAGAUUCUACCUCCAGUUCUGUAUUAUCCUUGGCUAAUAUUAAUGGUAGUACUUCUGUCUGAUACACAGUUUUGCCUGAAUAUUGUAAUUUCUUGAUUGUUGGAUGGAUUGGGCUCUACUUAUAUGUUGUGAUCUCUUUACCAAUAAAUAUGAUAGGAACAAUGAAUAAAAUAAGUUUUUUUUUUCAUAUAAAAAAUUCCCAGAUAAGCUUCGGAAAAUUUUAAUUUCCAUAAUAAUUCAAAAGUAAGAUUAUUCACGGCGGGUGAAUAAAAUGUUGAAUUAUUAAUAUCAAUAUUUUCUAAUAAUAAUUUAGCAAAUUAGUUUUAAUUUACUUUUUUAUUAAAAAAAAAAGUAGCACAACAAUAACGAACAACAUCUAAAAGAAACAAAACAAU